AUGCCAUCGCACGACCACUGCUCUGUGUUUGGCUGCUCAAAUCGCCGAUCAGAUCAACGAGAUCUGUCUUUUCAUAAGUAUCCCACAGAUCCCGACCUAAGGGCGAAAUGGGUGCAGGCAUGUAAGCGCGAAGAGGGAGCGCAUUUCACGAUCUCAUCCAGCACUGUUGUUUGCAGUGAACAUUUCAGGGAAAAAGACUUCCAUCCAGAUCUACCCGGGCUGCCUGCAUUAGCUUCUGGGAAGCCGCAUCGUCGUUUGAAGCAGGAAAGCGUCCCCAGUGUCUUCUCCUUUCGGCGACCACCAGCCGAGAGACCCUCUCCUGCGGAUCGUCGAAAUGCUGCACUUGCUCGUCAUUCUUUACUAGAGAGCCUCUAUGUCGAGCCAAAAGCCAAGAAGCCGCGGCGAGGAGAAAGUGAGAGUGAGUUUGAGUAUCGUGUUGCUCUGGAGGCUGCCGAAACUGAAAUCCAAAACCUCAAGAAGACUGUAUCAGCUCUGACUGCGGAGAACGUGUUGUUGAAAAGCCAAAUCUUUCGAUUUGAGAACAUCAAGCAUGACAGUGAUCAGCUGUGCUUCCUGACAGGACUGACCAGAGAGAUUUGGGACUGCAUUUGGGAGUAUCUCAAACCCUGUGCUGAAAACAUCGUGAGUCGGCGUGUGGCAGAAGCUGAGAAAACUGGAAGGACUGUGGCACCUGGGCGUGGGCGAAAACCAGCUCUUGCACUGGAGGAUGAACUGCUUCUGACGUUGAUGAGAAUCCGCUUAGGCCAUUUGGAAGUUGAGCUUUCUUAUGUGUUUCAAGUAGACGUUGCGACCGUAUCCAGAAUAUUCGUGAAAUGGAUUAAUUAUCUGUAUUUGCGACUUGGCUCGAUUCCUAUUUGGCCUGAGUGGUGUGAUGUUGAGAGGACCAUGCCGGAUGUUUUCAAAGUGUCUUAUCCGAACACGUUUCUCAUCAUUGAUGCCACAGAGCUGCGCUGUGAACGGCCGUCAUCUCUCUCCCUACAAUCUCAGCAUUAUUCGUCUUACAAAGCCCAUACUACAAUGAAAGGUUUAGUUGGUAUUGUACCAUCUGGGAAUUUUGCCUUCAUCAGUCAGCUUUACACAGGGUCGAUUUCAGAUCGACAGCUUGUUGUGCAAAGUGGUCUUUUACCUCUCCUGGAAUCUGUGCCAGCUGGAAAAAGUAUCAUGGCUGAUCGUGGUUUCGAGAUUCAAGAUUUACUUGUGAAACCCAACCUCGUGCUGAACAUGCCUCCGUUCAAAGGUUCACAGACAAGCAUGCCGGUGGAUGAUGUUGUAAAAACCCAGAAGAUCGCAUCUGUCCGGAUCCACGUUGAGCGGGCGAUUGGUCGCGUAAAAGGAAGGUUUCGCAUACUUGACCGAGACAUUCCUCUCACUAUGAUGGGUGUUGCCAAUCAAGUGUGGUCUAUCUGUUGCAUGAUCACCAAUUUCUUUCCUCCUAUUAUUGCCCAAAAUGAACCUGAAUCAGCAGCUUUAGAAUAGGAAAUGAUUCGGACACACUCAUCCCGCUUUAU